CUGUGGAGAGGUCUGUAAUACGUGAAUGGUGAAAAAAUAAUAUAUUUUGUACUACCUGGAGCAACUGAUCUGUGACGUAGUGGAAUUUAAUAUAAAAAAAUGAGAAUUAAAAGGGGUAUUCCCUUUGAAAAAUAGUGUACCUGUAGGAAUGAUUUACAAACAUGACCUUUUCAUUAGUUUAUAUACUGUUGUUUGCUGUGGUCAAUGUCUAUGGACUAGGAAAGACAAUACUAGAUGGGGACGUCUACAUUCAAUUCAUAGGAGCCAUUUAUUCCAACUCAUCAUGUAAUACUAUCGAGGCGGAAACAGUACAAAAUAUUCAAGCCAUUAAAUGGACAUUAACAAAGCUCAAUGAUGCGGACUACAUUCCUAACCUUAACAUUGGUCUUCGGAUUAGCCAGACUUGUAAAAAGAGGGGAGAACCUGAAAAAUUAACACUCCAGAUGGCAACGGAAAUGUACAAUAAUAGUGGAAAAGAUGUCAGAAUAAUUGGCGUUAUAGGGUCCGACUACAGUUUUGAAACUGAAAGUAUCUCACGACUGUUGAGCUCCCUACCGGAAGAAAAUCGUCUGCUUCAAGGUGCAUUUUCUGCUACCUCAGCGUCUCUUCGAGACAGAAAUGUUUACAAAAACUUCUUUAGGACAAUCCCACCAGAUGAUAUUCAAGUUGAGGUGAUGAUAGAGUUUAUGGAAGCGUUGAACUGGACAUACAUGGCAAUUAUUUACGACGAUGAUUCAUAUGGAAGAGGAGGCAAAGAUGAACUUCUCUUGCAGAGUAAAGGUCUUGAUGUUUGCUUUCCUGUCUUGAUUGCUGUUAAUACAACAUACAAUAAUGAAAUUGAAUUGGAAACAGACAUAAAAGACAAAAUAAUUGGGGCAGAUGUACCUAUUUCCGGUGUUUUGGUAUUUGGAAGCUCAUUUUUAGCUGACCUUGUCCUGAUUGUUACUGAAAAAGUUGUCAAAAAUAACAAAAAUGUUGUUCAUCCCGUUUUUCUAUUCUCGGAAGCUGGGGGAUAUAUCCAGGGACGGCACGAAAAUAUUUCAAAGGGAGCUUUUGUUUUAAGUCCACCUAAAAGGGUAAUCAGCAGCUUUCAGGAACAUUGGACACAGAUCUUUACAGAUACGUCUAAACUGUAUCAGGAAAUUGAAUCAAAUUCAUUGAUUCGAGAAGUAUAUACAGAAAUAUUUAACUGCACUCCCGCUGACACAAAAGAAAUUAACACGUGUCGCCAGUUGACUAAACCUGAAUUUGUAGAGGGGUUUUCCCUUCGGUUUUUUAAAAAUGCCUUCAAAAUUUUAGUGUUUGCUAGAUAUAAAGGAUUACAACAUAACAGGCUACGAAUUGCUGUGGCCGAAUAUUCGAAAGGCACAGUGUCCUGA